UCUCAUAUGUGCCGCCUUCUGGCACGUGCAUCACUUAACCUAACAAUUUUCGAAAGUUCAACGUGUUCUGGUGGGCUAUUGAAAGUGAUUUUCACUGUGUAGUUAAUGAUGAGUGACCUGGAGAAUGAUCAUGAGGUGUCCAAGAAUCACUCUAAGCUGCUGGAGGAAAUCGCGAAGCUUGAUAAAGGACAAAGAGUGAAAACCCCCAUCCGAAGUGAGCCUAGCCUGCUGGUAUCCGAGUUCCACUUAGUGAAAUCUGGGGUAACCGACAAGGACUCAGUCCGGUUAAAUGACCUGCUCCACACCCUCCAGAGUAAUCCCACCCACCGUCCCAUCACCCAAAAAAUCAAAUCCCUCCGUACGACCAGCAAAGUCCUCCGGAAACCCCUGGAAAGACCACAAGCGGAGAAAUUGAAACGAGAAGUUGGUUUCGAGAACGCAAAGAGAGAAAUCCAGAAGUGGGAUGCAAUUAUCACACGUAACAGAGCAGCCCCAAAGCUCUCCUUCCCUCUGGCCAAGGGGGACGUAUCCUUCAAGGGCACCAGUACCUCCGACUUCGUAAAACGAUUCAGAAUCCAGUCAGAUCUGGAGAAAGAGCUGGCAGCGCUGGAACCUCCAAAGCCAGAGCCAGAGAACAAUCCGGAGGACGUACCCCUGACCCUCGGAGAGAUUCUGGAGAGGAGGAGGGAGGCAGCGAGGUUCAGGGCCCAGCAGUCCUACAGAGAAGCCAAAGCCCAUCGGCAGAAUAAAAUCAAGAGCAAGAAGUUCCACAGAAUUGCGAGGAAAGAGAAGAUAAAGAAACAGAUUAAGGAGUUUGAGCAGCUCCAGAAAACAAAUCCCGAGGCUGCACUAGAGAAGUUGGAGAUGCUGGACAAGACGAGAGCGGAAGAGAGGAUGUCUCUGAGGCACAGGAGCACUGGACAGUGGGCGAAGAACAAACAGGUCAGGGCGAAAUACGAUACCGAGAGUAGAAAGGUCCUUGCCCAGCAGUUGAGCAUCAGCAGGGAGUUGACGCAGAAGAUUCAGAAGGGUGAAGAGAGCGAUGAGGGGGAGGAUGGGGAGGUGGUGAUCGAUGGGGAUAAUCCUUGGGUGAAUCCUGUGAAGUCUGGGGAGGAGAUCGAGGAAUUUGUUAAGGGAUACAGGAAGUACUGGGAUGAGAGGAACAAAAUUGUUGCAGAGGAGAAGAUGAAAGAAAAUGGGGGUGCUGAUGAUAAGGGGGAGAAUAUUGUUCCCCCUGACGUUCCUGAGGCUUUGAAUCCCGUGGAGGAGGUGGUCGAAGGCGGUGAGGAAGAGCCUGCCAAACAUUCUGAGGAAAAAUGCGAAAAGAGGAAGAAAACAUUGCGGGUUAAAACAAAAACGUUCAAAGAUCGGAAGAAUGAAGGGGUACUAGAUACCCCGGAGAAUGAUCUUCAAGGGGAUGAGACCGGCAAGGGGAGAUCAAGGGCAAGUGGACAGGAAUCAACAGCGCUGGAGAAUGGACAGGCUUUUGAGAUAGAAGAGGUGAAAUUUAAAGGGAAAGUUAUAAAACUGAAGAAGUCGCAGCAGCAGUUCACAUCCCAGUGGGCAGUAGAAACAUUCCCCCGAUCAAAGUCCAAUGAAUCAGAGGAUCCUCCACUAGAUCUUGAUGAUUUAUUCGACAAGAUGGAAGGGAAAUUGAAGCAGAGGAUGAAGAAGAAGAUGAGGAGGGUGAAGCAGAAGCUGAGGAAGCUGGACAGCAUGGCAGAAUCGGAGGAGAAUAGUAGGGAGGAACACGGCGAGGAGCUUCCUGAUCUCUCCUUCAAGAGGACGAAGCUUCGUCCGGAGAUUGAUGAGGCCUUGGACGAGGAUGUUGGGGAGCAGGGAGGCGAGGCGGUGAGGAAUGUUAUCACUACUGACGGGGAGCAGACGAGAGGGAACAAACGAGCAGCUGACAUUGAUCCCACAAACUUCAUAUCUGUGAAACCGAAGCACCUGAAGACACAGAUUCCAGAGGGAAUGGAGGAGGAAGGGGCUUUAGAUGAUAGCGAGGAUGAGAGGCAGUAUAAUAUGAUCAGCGAGGCUUUUGCUGAGGACGACGUUGUGGAGGAAUUCAGGAGGGAGAAGGAGGAUGAGAUUAAAAAAUCACAACCCGAAGACCUAGAUCUUCGUCUCCCUGGAUGGGGCUCCUGGGGCGGUAAAAACAUAUCUCAAAGUCUCCGGAAAAAGCGCAGAUUCAUAAUGAAAUUUCCGAAAGACGCACCCCGCAAAGACGAGAAUAAAGGCGACGUAAUAAUCGUCGAGGAUGGAAACACCGAGAUAAAGCGGCACUUGGUCGCUGAGUUGCCUUAUCCAUUUACAAGCGUUGCUGAUUAUGAAGCGAGCAUACGAGCCCCGAUUGGUCGAGAGUUCGUCCCUGAAAAUGCACAUAAACGUUUGAUUGAUCCCACCGUGGAAACCAAGAUGGGGACGAUUAUUGAACCCAUGGACGAGGACGUCCUGAUCAAUAAAAAGAAGAAAAUUACUGGGAUGUUGCCGGACCCUAAAAAUAAGGAGGGGAUGAGGAACUUCACUAAGAAAAAUGAUAAUCGGAGAAAAACUGGAACCCGACAGAAAAAAAUUAAAUGAAGUUGAAGAAAAUAUGGGUUGAUCUUAUAUUCAAAUGAGCGGAGGAACUGAUGUAAAUAAUUAAUUGAAAGUUAGAAGAAUAAACCUUUUAUUUGUUUGGAAGAAUGAAGAUUUUUCAAGAAUGUUGAAUUUUUCACAUUGUGAAAAUGCGGCGAUUAUUUUUCGACUGUAGAUAAAAAACCUUGAAAAAUAUUUUUAUUUCUAAUUCCCCCACACAACCUUUUCUGUCAGAGCAUUUCCUUACCAACAAAAACAAUGUUCCGUCAUUUCCUCCGAAACCCACUAAUUAAUGAGACAACUUGUUAAUUAUCAACGAGAUCAAACAUUCGGAUCUCAGCAUUAUGAAUUGUCUAUUCAUGUUUCAAUAAAUAAUUUCAAUCA